GGGAAGAAACAGCCAUGGCGGUGGCCGACAAAUCAACUAAAGAACGGCUCUUAUCUGUUUUGGAUGAUCUAGAAGUGUUAUCCAGGGAAUUGAUAGAAAUGCUGGCAUUGUCAAGGAGCCAAAAACUCCCUCAGUCAAGCGAUGACACACAGAUUCUGGAGUUGCUUGUCCAGAGAGAUAAGGAGUUCCAGGAGCUGAUGCUGGUAGCACAGGAUCAGGGGAAGGUGCACCAGGAGAUGCAGAUCCUGGAGAAGGAGGUGGAGAAAAGAGACAGUGACAUUCAGCAGCUUCAAAAACAGCUGAAAGAGGCCGAACACAUACUGGCUACGGCUGUGUACCAGGCAAAGGAGAAGCUCAAAUCCAUCGACAGAGCCAGAAAAGGGAGUAUUUCAUCAGAGGAGAUCAUCAAGUAUGCCCACAGGAUCAGUGCCAGCAAUGCAGUGUGUGCCCCCCUCAACUGGGUACCAGGCGACCCACGGAGACCCUACCCCACUGACCUGGAGAUGCGCAGCGGCAUGCUGGGUCACAUGAGCAACCUGCCGACCAAUGGCGUGAACGGCCACCUCCCAGGGGAUGCACUGGCUGCUGGGAGAUUACCUGACGUGUUGACCCCCCAGUACCCCUGGCAGUCAAGCGAAGUCUCCGUGGGCUUGCUCCCCCCUCACCAUGGCAACGACUUUGGGUUGGAACCUCCGGGGCACAACAAGGAGAACGAGGAUGAUGUGGAGGCCAUGUCUACAGACUCAUCCAGCAGCAGCAGCGACUCCGACUGAGUGUGCGUGUGUGUGUGUACAUGUGUGAUUGUGUGUAUGUGUGGGCUCAUGUGCAUAUGUAUGAUUUGUGUGGAGGCUUUUAUCUUUGUGUGUGUGUGUGUAUGUGUGUGUGUGUAUGUGUGUGUAUGUAUGUGUGUGUUGGGAACUAACCAGCACACCCCGAGUACCUCAGAGAGUCCUGAGAUCUUCUCAUCCAACAGACCUUUUAUAAAAGCCACACUGAUGAGCUGGCCCUCAGUAGCAUGCAUCCUCUGGUGGCUUGCUGUGUGUUGGUACUGCUCUUCCCUGUGUUUCAAUCCUACCCAGCUUCUGUCCUUCACUUGACAUAUUCAGCCAUUUUCCUUAGACAUGGAUUAAGACCCAGUCCCAAACUAUAAGAAAAAAAAAAAAAAAACUAUUGAUUGAUAAGUUUAGUCAAUGACUAGGUUUAAUCCAUGUCUAGGUCUUUGGUUAAGACUUGACUAGUUCUUGGAAUGUCUGUAAUCGUCAAAUAUCUCACUCUUAUUGUUCAGGGCUGACCUCAAACCAUCGUAAAGGCUGGACCAGUCAAGGGAAUGUUUGUAAUACAAGCACACAAGUAUUACCACUUUUCAACCUCCAAUUGAACUGUUCCCUAACAGAGAUUUCACACAGUGUUUUGAUUUAGCAAGGGUUAAUUGCAGAUUUAAACCUGUGCUGUAAAUCUUUUGUUAUUUGUUAAAGCAUCUCCAUUGUUUAGGAUUCAUUUUCCAUGUUUUGUAUUUUUCUCAUUAUGUAUGACUCCCGUACUUUGAUUCAUCAGGUUACUUAGACUACAUGAGUACCUGUCAGGUUUUUUGGAAUGUAAAUAGAUAUGUACAUAAGGAAGGUUUCCCACCCUCGAUGUAAAUAAAAAUCAGUUUUGAAAGUA